AUGCUUUCCAGAUCUACUGCCCAAAUUAUUAGAACCUCUGGGUUGGCCAUGGCUAGACCAUUGGCAAUGGCUGCGGCCUCGAAAUCUGUUUCCUUUAACCAGUCCUCAACUUCCCGACCAUUUCUGACAGCUACUCCCAUGGCUCAAUCUCAAGGUAAUUUGACUUAUUUCCAAGAUAAGAGCUCAUUGCCUGCCAAUACCAUUAUUCGGUUCGUUCCUCAACAAAACGCAUGGAUCGUUGAAAGAAUGGGGAAGUUCCAUCGUAUCUUGGAGCCGGGGAUGGCGAUUCUUAUCCCAUUCCUUGAUCGUAUCAAGUACGUGCAAUCUCUUAAAGAAUCUGCUCUCGCCAUUCCUUCACAAUCAGCCAUCACCAGCGAUAAUGUUACUUUGGAAAUGGAUGGGGUAUUAUAUAUUAAAGUCAUUGAUGCUUAUAAGGCAUCUUACGGGGUCGAAGACGCGCAAUACGCAAUUUCGCAAUUGGCACAAACCACCAUGAGAUCGGAAAUUGGUCAAUUGACUCUCGAUCAUGUCCUUCGUGAACGUCAAAACUUGAACCACAACAUCACCGAGGCCAUCAACGAAGCUGCCGAAUCUUGGGGUAUCCAAUGUUUGAGAUACGAAAUUCGUGAUAUCCAUCCGCCAUCUAACGUGUUGGAAGCCAUGCAUCGUCAAGUUAGUGCUGAACGGUCUAAAAGAGCAGAGAUCUUGGAAUCAGAAGGUCAAAGACAGUCGGAUAUCAAUAUUGCCGAAGGUCAAAAACAAUCCACGGUUUUGGCAUCCGAAGCCCACAAAGCCCAGCUUAUGAAUGAAGCCCAAGGUGAAGCUGAAGCCAUUUUGGCCAAAGCCACCGCUGAAGCAGAAAGUAUCAAGCGUAUUGCCCAGGCCAUUAAGGAAACCCCUGGUGGUCAAGAUGCAGUGGCGUUGCAAGUUGCCCAAAAGUACAUUGAAGCAUUUGGCAAGUUGGCCAAAGAAUCCAAUACUGUGGUUAUUCCAAGUGAGAUGGGACAAGUGGGAUCCUGGAUCAGUGGAGGUUUGGGAAUCUUUGAUCAUUUGAAGAAGACUAUUGGAAACGAUUCAAAGCCUGAAGUGAAGAACUGA